GCCGUGGGUGAGGUCGAUCAGGCAUCGGGGGAGGAGCUGUGCAAAGCUACGAAGUGCAAGUAUCUCUAGGAUGCACGCUGGGAGGAAACCAAAUUAUCUUAGAGGGUUUAGGGUAGAGUAACAACUGUGCGGUUAUUGUGUUGUGAAGCUUGUUAUCAAACAAAUAUAAAAGUCUCAAUUGUUUGUGUGAUAGCCAGGUUAAGAGAGAAACAAACACAAUUUUAUUUCAGCAAUGGAAAGCAAACUAAUACAAAUGGAGGGUUUUAUAUCAGGGGUUUGAGAGUUUACUCUUGGCACCUGGAUGGCUAGUUGGUCUCUGCUCUUUCCAAUUGGUCAUGUCCUCAAGGUGUAGUCAGCCAUGUCUAAGGCCUCAUCUGUGCUGGGAGGGUCCCCCAGCACUUACGCACAGGCUUGUUCUGUGACAUCCAAAUACUAUAUAAGAACUUGGUAGCCUAACCUGAAGCACAGUAUAUGGGUUCCUGCCUCCUAAGUUAGACCCUUCUGGAGAUCUGAGUAGCUCCUUGGAGUCUAAUGGAAAGUGACCUUUGACCUGGAGACUUCCUGUCUCUCUUAUCCAGGUUUCUAGCGCAGGCUUCUCAAGCGAUGCCUCAUUUAAAUGAAGCCCCCAAGCCAAGAAGCAUGAGGGGCAGGUCAGAGCAUAGGCUUCUGACCUCUUGGUGGUCCUGCCUGUCUUGCUUUCAUCACAAUCUGCCCUCAGUGUCCACAUCACCUGCGUCAGGGGCCCUGAAUUCUGCAUUCUGGCCCUGAAGAUCCCCGUGUCUGCGGACUGGGUCCUUCUGAGCAAUUCUUGCGCAAACCGAAGCUGAAUUUACCAACUCAUGUAACAGCUCCGGAAUCGCCCUCCACAGGAAGACCUUGGACACCCUGCUUUCAGGGUCACGGAGCUGAGAACAUUGACAGACCCUGCCUACUUCUACUGGACGUGGGCCAUGGCCAAGCCGUCAUGGAUACUGUCUAGGCAAUACUUCUCAUUUCACCAGCCAGCUUUUCUUCUAAUUGCUCUUUUCUUGGCCAUCGUUGGCUACGGCUACUGGAACCAGAGGAGCCAGAUUCACAAAAGUGAGCUAACCAGGGCAAACAUGGCUGAGGCAGAACGUUACAGACUGAAAGACAAACCCUCAUCAAAACUGAUAUAUCCCCAGCCAAGCCUGCUCCAACCCACUAGGAGAGACGUCCUCGUUCUGGCCAGUUGGCUCGCCCCAGUUGUGUGGGAAGGGACUUUCAACAUUGACAUCUUAAACAACCAGUUCAGGCUGCAGAACGCCACCAUCGGGCUGACCGCGUUCGCCUUACAGAGACACACCAUCUAUCUGAAGCAGUUCCUGACGUCCGCCGAGAAGCACUUCAUGGUGGGCCACAGGGUGAACUACUACGUCUUCACGGACCAUCCUCCCUCCGUCCCCCACAUCCCCCUGCACAAAGGGAGGAAGCUGACCGUCUUCCAGAUCCCAGGUCAUGACCUCUGGCACGACGUCUCCAUGCAGCGCAUGGAGUUCCUCAGCGUUUAUGCCAACCAGCGUUUCCACAGGGAGGUGUCCUACCUGGUGUGUGCCGACGUGGACAUCAGCUUCCAGCAUGACGUGGGCGUGGAGAUUCUCUCUUCCUUGUUCGCCACCCUCCACCUGAGCUUCUACAUGGUCAACCGGGAGCUGUUCCACUACGAGCGGCGGCCCGCGUCCCAGGCCUACAUCCCGGAGGACGAGGGGGACUUUUAUUACACGGGGUCCUUAUUUGGGGGGUCGGUGGCGGAGGUCCACAGGCUCACGGAAGCCUGUCACCAGAUGAUAAUAAAAGACAAAGCCAGUGACAUCGAGGCCGUGUGCUAUGACGAGAGUUACCUGAACAAGUACCUGCUUUACCACAAACCCACCAAGAUCCUGUCUUCGGAGUACAUGUUCAGUGAAAAUAUAGCUUUAGAGAGGUGGUCCAAGAGUCAGCUGAACCUGUUCAGCCUCAUCAAGCCCGUCAAGAUUUUGGACUUGCCGAAGAAUUACACGCGUACACGUGGUGACUUCGCUGAAUAAAGGCAUCUGCAGAAACUACUCAGAGAGAGACAGAGAACGGUGGGCAGCGAGCCCUCGUCGUCGUCGUAACACUCCCUGUCUUUUGAUUUACAUGAAUGAGUCCCUGAAUGGAUGUAUGUGCACCUCAUGUGUGCAGUGCCCACAGAGACCAGAAGGGGGCGUCUGACCCCCAUGGAGCCGGAGUUAGGGAUGCUUGCGCGUGUGAGUUCUGGGAACCAAACCCUGAAUGUCUGCAGUGCCUGCGCUCAACCACCAAGCCUUCUCUCUAACUCUACACCGCCAACAUGCUCUCUUCAUUUAGGAUCAGACGUAACAGAAAGGGUAGCCCCACUUCUUCUCCCUGAAUGCUGAGGAGAGUUGUCUCCCAUCCAAUCCCCAAAUGUAGCAGAGCACCAUAACACAGACACACACGCACGCACACACACACAUACAUACAUACACAUACACACACAGAAGAAAGAUCUCAUCAUCGUGUGGAAGACCAUGAUUUCAAAGGAAGACCUUCUAGCCCUCAGCUGUCUCUCUGUCCCUGUGCAAGCUGUAAGGCCGGUCUCCCUGUCAUUCGCCUGCCUAUCCUGGUCACUCACUUUUCAGCGUCAAUGUUGUGAUUCGUUUCCUGUCAGUAGGAAAACCGUGCUUGUAGCAGCCAACAGGAAGUCUGUGUUGUCGUGAAAGCCCAGCUCUGACAGUUAAAAGUGGUUUUUAAUGGGGCAGCAGAGGUGGCUCAGUUGGUGAAAAUGCUUGCUACACAGACAUGAGGACCCAAGUUGCAGCACUCACAUUAGAAAAACGAAACAAAACAGAACAAAAAAGCAAACAACAAAACUCCCAGGUGCUCGGGCAACCAUAUUGCUGAGAUUUUAUGGGUAUAGCUUCUGGAUAUAGGACACAUCCUCAGAGCAGAUGACCUGGUCCUCUGCCCCCUUCCGUGAUGUUCCUUGGGAGUUAGGUGUUCCCUUGUAGAUGUAUCCAAUGGGUCUGGCCAGCCCCUCCCACCCCAGGGUAAUUAUCUGUGAUGUUUCCAUCUGAGGGAAAGGAAAUUUCUUUGAUGAAGGGAGAGUGCUACUUUUUGUUUUGUUUUUGUUGUUGUCUGUGUUUUGUUUUCUUGUUUUUGUUUUGAUACAGGGUCUCUCUGUGUAGCCUUGGCCGCCCUGGACUCAUUUUUGUAGACCAGGUUGGCCUUGAACUCACAGAGCUCUGCCUGCCUCUGCCUCCCAGGUGCAAGGCUCAAAGGCGUGUACCACCGCUGCCCAGCUGAGAGCUACUCUUGUCUGGGGGUAUAAAGUUAAGUAUUUAGAAUGCAGUUAGAAAUGAUGGCGGCUUAGGAAACCGGCAGAAGUAGGUCUCUCUACGUUCCAUGACCUCAGCUGCCCAAAGUAGUUGACUAGGCUUUUGGUACCAGGCAUGAGUUCCCUUCUUCUGAGCUGGAAGUUCAGUUGGACGGCUGUUGGUUGCCACUGAGAUGUCGGUGCCACUAUUGCGUCUUUGAGGAUACCUUUCCAGGACUGUCAGAGUUGUGGUUCAGGGAGGAGGGUAGGACUGUUGCUUGCUUUUCUCCCACACAGUACUGUGCAGGCUCAUCCUCAGGGAGGAAGCUUCUGGCUCAGCUCUAGCUCCAUUCCUUCCAGCCCCACAUCCGUUGCUGCAUGUCGUCUUCAGCGACAGGGACUCACCUUUUGCUUCUGGGAGACAGGCAGGGGCAAUGGCAGUCAGCUCUUUGGGCAGUCACUUGGACUCCACCUGACCAACAACUCCAAAGGGAGUUUCCCGUGCCCGGUGCUGGGCUUUUGUUAGAAAAGCUAUGCUAUUGUCAGCCCAAAUACUGUAACUCCCCUUAAACUCUGAACAUAUGUAUAUUCACACACUUACACAUAUUAAACGUAAUUUUAGGUGAAUGUGAACUAAUAUUCCCUAUGGCCUUUUCAUACAGGCUCAAGUGUUGCUUGUCUCUCUUCCUUCCCUCUCCUUCACUAUUGCCUUCCUUACCCACACUUCUAAGGUUCCCCCUCAUUUUCCCACUUCCCCUUCCAUAGCACCCAGGUCCUGCUACCCUCCUCUAGAGUUCCCCCCUGCUACCCACCACAGUCCUCUUUACUUCCCUGGUUUCUGUGGUUCCUCCCGGUUAUAGGCUCACACCCGUGCCAGUGGCCACGCCAGUGUGAAUAGGGGAAAUCUGACAAGGCCCCAGCCCUUAAUGAAGGUGUACGGGCAAAGAAUGGCUCCUGAGAGGGGGAGAAUCAGUCCUCCCCAGGGAUGAGCCCCUCACUGGUUAUCCAGUACCAAGUGAUCGUCCCUAAACACACACAUACAUAAGCAGCGCUAAGUGGAUUCAGCAAGUUGUAUUUACAUAUUGAUUCAUUUGUGUGUGUGUGUGUGUGUGUGUGUGUGUGUGUGUGUGUGAAAAUAAAAAUAAAGCAAAAGGGUCCAUUAAUUACAGAGGAAGCAGGGGCACAUGGGAGGAGUUGGAGGAAAUGAUGUAAAUACAAUAUACAUAUGUGAAAUGUGCAGAAAUGUUCUGUCACCACUGGCAAGGAGAAACAAGAGGGUCCCUGGAGUGCAGUGGCUGGCCAAGGCCAGCUGAGUCUGUGAGGUCCAGGCUCAGUUACAGACCCUGUGUAAAGAGAUUGAUAGGGAAACA